CCGCCGGUCGUGACCUGCUGGCCGAGUCCCAAAGGUUUCCGAGUGAGGUGAGCGCGUGAAAGUAGCCGGAGUCGGUGGGUUGGGCGCCGGGCGGCCUGCGCAGUCGGCGCCGCGCCGCGGGCGUGCUCCUGUCGUCGAGAGCGGAGGUGUCGAGACGGUCUGUGCUGAGUGGUGAUCGAACACAGUGCAGCCAUGGCAGAGGACUGCAGCGAGUUCUUCAAUCGAUCCGACGGCCAUGCCACGCUGGAGAAUGGCAUGGACGCCUGCCUGCAGGCCUUCGAUCUGGACAGUGACGGCAAGCUGAGUGUCGACGAGUUCGGGGCGCUGUGCCGGGCGCUCUUCAGAGACGAGACCGGCGCGCCGUACCCGCUCGAGAUAAAAAAGCUGGCCUGCAUGUUCAGCGUCUUUGACACUAACCAGGACGGGUUUAUCGACAGCGCCGAAUUCCAGACGUGCUGGAGCAAAUGGAUCACGCCCAUUUUGCGGCCAAUAACGGCGUUUGUGAUUGUGGACGUGCAGAACGACUUCAUCUCGGGAUCAUUGGCGGUCUGUAACUGCCCUGCAGGCCACAAAGGUGAAGAGGUGGUUCCCGUCAUCAACUCUGUGCUGGACUCUGUCAAGUUUGACGUGGUGGUCUACUCACUCGACUGGCACCCCAGUGACCACAUCUCGUUCGUCACAAAUGUCGCUAAUUUCCCGAUGCACUCGUCUUCCAAGGUAUCGGCGGAGGAAGCGAAAGUGCUGGACACGGUGGUGUUUGACAGUCCGGUCCGGGAGCAGACACUUUGGCCCCCGCACUGCAUCCAGGAGUCGUGGGGAGCGCAGCUGCAUCCCGACCUAAAGGUCAUGGACGAAGCCCUCACCAUCAAGAAGGGCUGCAACCGCGAGAUCGAGUCGUACUCUGCGUUCUUUGACAACGCGCGCGAGUCGUCAACCGGCCUGUCUGAGCAGCUGAAGCAGCGGUUCAUCACAGACGUGAUCGUCUGCGGCCUGGCUACAGACGUCUGUGUCGCCGCCACGGCCAUGGACGCUCUGUCGGAGGGAUUCCGCACCACCGUCCUGGGACGCGUGCCGCGGUGUGAACGCCGAAGACAUCGAGAAGAAAAAGUGCGCCGUCGCCGAGCAGCACGGCCUCGUGGUGGACUCGGCAAAGGCGGGAGCGAUCGCCGCCGGCCGAGACCGGCCCCCGGAGCUAGCGUACAAGCUGGCGCUGGACCUGGCCAAGAACUAGCUUCACCACGCCCGCGCAGUAGCCGACGUAGACCGCGUCCAGAGGUAACCGAGCGACGGUUCAGGAUGCAGCACAGACUCCGGCCAGCCGGGGACACCGAGACUGGCGACUACCGAGACCGGAAGACCGGCCGCGCGUUCCGGCGGUUUGGUUUUCCCCGUGAUCUCGUUCGGUGGAACAUUGCCGGGUACGCGGCGCAUUCCUCGAGACGGCUCUCGGAGCUCGCUCUCUCCAUGUAUAUCGUUCAGUUAUGUUGAUGCCAGUGCCGUCAGGGAUUUCCGCAGUCUGGCUGCAUUUGGAAUUCCGCAGCUGCUGCAUCUCUCGGAGCUGCAGCAGCUGCGGCCGGAGGGCUGUCCCCGGGGACUGUCUGAUGAGAGGGAGGGCCGGGGCGAGGGGGCAUUGGAUCGAGUCUGAGACGCCAGAUCCCGCAAUAUCUCCUCGGUGCUGUCACCCAGAGCCAAGGGAGUUUGGCCCACCGACUUGGCAACCGACCGGUCUGGGGCGGGGAGGGGCGGAAGCCUGGCCAGACCCGCCGAACUUUGUACAUCAGGCCUGGUAUAUCCUAUCCCGACCGGUUUCUGGUAUCAGGAGGUUCAGAGCGCAAUGUGCCGUCUAUAGCCUGCUACAAAACACGGUGAAUGGCUGCCGAAUGUUGACGGCGCCUUAUUUGGGACGGCUUCGGCGUGCUGCGACUGCCAACGUUCUGUUUAUCAGUGUCGGGCAGUGCACCCGGGAAUUCUAUCUCCAUCCUCCGCUUCCGUCCGCCCGCCCGGCUGCCCCGUACUCGACCCGCUGUUUUUAUUUCGCUCUGUCGUACGACUCGUUUCCGCUCGUCUGUAUGUGUGUGUGUGUGUCCGAACGCUUGUGACCUUGUAAUGACCGUUCAACGCUAAUGUCAUGCAAACAGGAAAUAUCAGCCUGUGUAAGAUGAUA